UCUUCCUCUCGCUUUUCAGCUGCUUCCUGAAUCGUUGCACAUUGUGAGCGAGCACCGUGCAUACACGCACGCACACUCGCGUUUCGUCCCAUAAAUAUGUGACGGGAGUGUGCCAAGUGCGUGUGGAGCCAAAGUGCACGCCUCUUAUCGGUAUGUUUGAAGAUUAACAAGGUUAUCGGCGAGUAGCUUCUACUACUACAAGUACGUCCAGUAGCGCUGCAGAGCCCGUACAAACGGCCGGACUGGGAAGCAACGAAGGCGGCCACCGCUGUAGAUGCACCGCGCAACGUUACGGGACGGAGCCAUGGCCGAGAAAAGAAUGUCGCGGUGGUAUUUCGGUGGUUUGGCGUCCUGUGGAGCCGCUUGCUGCACGCAUCCUCUAGAUCUCCUCAAGGUGCACCUGCAAACACAACAGGAGGUAAAGAAGAGGAUGUUUGGCAUGGCCGUGCAAGUGGUAAAGAACGAUGGAGUUCUUGCUCUUUACAAUGGCCUAUCUGCUUCCCUUUGCAGACAGAUGUCCUAUUCCCUGACCAGAUUUGCCAUCUAUGAGACGGUCAGGGACGUGAUUGGAAACAAAAGCCAGGGGCCCAUGCCUUUCUAUCAAAAAGUUGCGUUGGGAGCGUUUGGAGGUUUUACUGGGGGCUUUGUUGGCACGCCAGCAGACAUGGUGAAUGUCAGGAUGCAAAAUGACAUGAAACUACCAGCAGAACUGAGGAGAAACUACAAACAUGCCAUUGAUGGGCUCUUCAGAGUCUUCAGAGAAGAGGGUGUGAGGAAGCUGUUUUCAGGAGCCACCAUGGCGUCCAGCAGGGGAGCCUUGGUCACUGUGGGACAGUUGGCCUGUUAUGACCAGGCAAAGCAGCUUGUGUUGGGAACAGGAAUGCUGGGAGAUAAUAUGAUCACACACUUCCUCUCGAGCUUCAUUGCUGGAGGUUGUGCAACGUUCCUUUGUCAGCCACUUGAUGUUCUAAAGACAAGACUCAUGAACUCAAAGGGAGAGUACACGGGGGUACGACAUUGCUUGCAAGAAACCGCCAAGUUGGGUCCUCUGGCAUUUUAUAAGGGCCUUGUUCCUGCAGGGAUUCGCUUGAUUCCUCAUACAGUGCUCACAUUCAUCUUCCUGGAGCAGCUGAAAAAGAACUUUGGGAUUCGCAUCAUUUCCUGAUGGCAGAAUGCGACUGGCCAUUAGUCAACCACUCUGCUGUAAUCAUCAGAAAAAAGGAAGAGGGGAAGCCUCGUACGAAGGACGGCUUGGGCGUGUUGCUCCCUUUUGCUCUACCUCGACCUUAUCUCAUGGCAUGAAGCUGAGUGUUUGCACAGUAAGAGGGAUAAAUACUGGAACAAACUAUUUGAAAAUGCAAAUUUAAACCUGUGGUAUCAAGAUCUUUGGAAUAGCUUGCUAGCGUAGGAAAAGAUUUCAGGUUCGCAAUCUUAUGUUUUAGAUUAAGCGUCUGUCUGUACAUUUUAAUGAAAAUAACUAACUUUAUUGUGAAUUAUACUAAUUCUCAAUCCCAUUAUUUUUAAAUCUAGAUCAGUGGUUCUCAAAGUAGUACACGGCCUCCCUCUAGUGGUAGGCCUAUGGCAAAUUGGCUGAGUUUAACUUCAAAAUUUAUGAUUUUUUUUAAUCCUGGUUAUUUAUGGUUCAAUUUUGUCCUGUUUAGUGUACAACAUUGCUGUUCCUGGCAAAUGAGCGAAACCUUCUACACACAAUCUCAACCGAACAACCGAGAAGAAAAAAAAAAUUGGUGCUUAAUGACUAAGAAAAAAUGUUUUGUUUUUAUGCUCAUUUUGUUUGCUAGCUUGUUUUUCCUGAAGUGAACAAAACAGGAGGAUGAAUCCAGUACAGUGCAUUUUUCGAGUACAGUUCAAUUUUAUUUAACCUAAGUAAAAAGAUUCACAUUUCAUGUUUUAAAAUGGGUUCCUUUCAAAUACUAUUUAUGAACAAUUUCGAAAAUUGGUACCUCAAAAUGCUAUUUCACUUCAUAUAAUGAAAAAUUAUUGAUCAUAUGAAAGAUUAUAUGUAGUGUAAUAGAUAAUUCCCCCUCGCAGCCAUGCAACACUGUAACUUUGUUUGACUAUAAAUGUAAACAAAUGAAAUUUACAUACCACAAUGUGUUUGGUACACAAUGCUCAUAUACUAGAAGCGAUGCGUUAUCAAGGUACAAACAGUGAGAUGAAAUAGGAAACAAUGACUGCUGAAGUUUGCUCUUAUUUUAACACUCAGUGUUUGCUAUGAGGUUGAGUAGUCAUGUGAUAAUGUCUGUAAAAUAAGAUGGAACAUAACAAACUACUUACACUUUAGCGCCACUAGGGCCAGACAAGCAAUCGCAGGACAUGACAACAAAUUUAGUGUGGUGUUUUAAAAGCGCUUAGAAAGAAUUACAGUGAUCCUCGCUACUUGGCGCUUCAAACUUCGUGCCCUCAGUCCAUCACUGAAUUUUUUUUCCCGAAUUAAAAUUUAAAAAAUACAACAAAGAUACAGAUAAGUUGUCCUGAGCCCAUCGCAUAGUCUCACUCUCGAUCCCUCCCUCCCUGGUCAGGCAGUGAGUGCACUGGAGUUGCUUAUUAAAGUUCACGAUGAUUGACAGCGUUUAAUGUUUGAACUUGCCAGAGAAGUGAACUUCGAAGGGCCGCAUGCGUCAGUCGUUGUUUAACUUAUUAAACAGUUGCUGUGGCAACUCAUUGUGUGUAAUUGAGCGGAUUUGAGUGGACUCACUCAAUGAAACAUUUUAUGAAGCCAAGCAUUUUUCUGCUUUAUUCUUGUUUAACAAUAAUUCGGUGGGACAGUAACAUGUUUAAAACUUACCAUAAUUAUUACAUUUGAAGUGCUUAAAAACCAUUUAUUAAAAUAUAUACAGGGUGUUCCAAAAUGGUUGACUCCAUUCUAAAUGUCCAUAUUUUGGAAACUACUUGAUGGAUCUUAAUGAAACUAAAUACACUUUAUGUUGAAGGUCAUAGGUUUUAUUGGUUAAAUUUACAAAGAAAAGUACAAUUAUUUGUAGGUUCUAUGACAGAUUUUCAUAAAUGUUCAAUAUGAGUGCCGUGUGUGACUCGUGUGCACACGUCGAGUCUGUAUUCAAGCUCGUGCCAAACUUGCUGUAGCAUGUCUUUGGUAACAGUUUCCGCUGCAGCUGUAAUUCUCUGUUAUUUUGUUUAUUGUUGGUGCCUUCUUUGCAAAAUUUGUGAAGGAAUGCUACACUCUCUACGGUGACUGAGUCCAUGCAUACUCUUAACACACAAAAUGCCUUUUCUUUUGAACUGAAAUGGCAUUUCUUAACCUGAAAAGAUAGAAAUGCCAAAUGUUACACACAAAAGCUUGAAACAUUUCUACACAAGCUGUGAAAAUUUUAGGUCAUUCCAACGAAAAUUAUCAAAAUUAUUGGCCCAUGAAAUGGGGUCAAACAUUUUGACAUUUUGCAACAAAUUUGGGGGAAAAAAUGAAAAAUUACGUCUUAUAUAUAUACAUUUGCAAUGCUAAAUCUAAUAAAUACAUUGAACACACACAAAACAAGUGGUUUUUUUUUUGUUUUUGUUUUUUGUUGAAGAGCUACUUAGCAGUUUUUCACUUAUCGCGGCGGGUUCUGGUCCGUAUUAAUCGCGAAAAACUAGCGAUCACUGUAAGGGAUUUACAUGUAAAACGUGAUUCUUUAUGGAAAAAAAAAAUCAUACACGAAAGCCACUCUGAAAAAUUGUAUGUUGAGGUACCAAUGUAAUACCAUUUUUUUUCCCAUCCGGGAAAUCUAAACGCAGUAUUAAUUGUUAAAAUUUUUAACCAAUAAAAAUACCUUUUCUUUUUUUUUGUCCCUCCUAAACAUUUCAGCCCACUACACUCCUGUAUUUUAACGUCCCCCAUGACAGUGGUACUCGGAGAGCCCAGUACUACUUUGGGCUGGUACUUGCUGAAAAUCUUUCGAGAUCCACUGAUCUAUUUCGUUGAUUAACUACAUUGAUCCAUUAGUGCACUGUAAACCUUUUUUUUAGGAGGUGGGGUUGGGGCAGGGGUCAAAUAGACUGCAGUUGAAAUAAUAAAUGGCAGGAAAUUAAACAAGUGCCAUAUUAGGCCAGCACAUUUGCCAAAUAUGACAUGCAUUGUUGUAAACAAAUACAGUUAGACUAAAUAUGUGUACUCAAAUGUAAUUUCAUAUUCAUUCCCAACAGUACUGACCAAAUGGCCUACAAUCCUCUAGUUGGUGUUGUACUUAUUUUAGAACUGAAAAUCAAGCAGAAGUCUAUUAAGCUUUGUGGCCUCAUUCCAUCCAUCUGCUCAGUCUAAUCUUUGAAGAGUGGACCAACUUGUCUCAUUUUAACAUCAGCUAUCAUUCUAAUCAUCAUGGUACACUUGGCAGCCCCACCCCACACAACCCUAUCCCAAAAUUUCAAGUUAGCUUUAGAAUAGAAUAACUUAAGAAGAACUUAUGAAUGCAAAAGUUGGGCAGUAGUGUUUACUGUCUAAAUGCAUGUCAAUUUAAUGACUGGGGAUUCUGCUAUUUUGAAGAGCGGCACUUUAUUGAAACCCUGGAAUCUUAUUAACUAAACUUACCUCGUAAACCUGUUUUGGAAUUUCCAAAUGUUACUGCUUAAAAGAGAGCAGUAGUUGUACAGUAUUAGCCAUUAACAAUGAUCCACCGUAAAGAUUUGCCCAUUUGUCCUCAUUGAUGAGAAUCAUUUUCCUGUUGCCUUACAAAAUGUGUCCUCCUGGGGGCAGUAUAGCAAUACCAUCAGCUUGGAACUCUCCUCUUGUGGACAUCCCUCUAGACUUGCACCUUCAUCCCAGCAUUCAUUUUUAGAGAACCACCAGCUUUACUUGUACUUCAUGUCCUCUGUAAUAUGACUUAAUGAACAGCCUUAUUAACUAACUGUAUGAACACACACCUGUUGCUGUGUGUUGCUUUUACAUUUUUAAUGCAAAUGAAUAGCUUUUUAAUUAAAC